GGCGGCGGCGGGGAUGACGCACGUCCGGCGCGGUCCGUGCCCAGCGCCCGCCCCGCAGCCAUGCCCGCCGGCGUGCCCUGGCCCGUGUACCUGCGGGCGCUGGCCGCCAGCAUGCUGGCCAUGCUGGCGGGGGCCGAGGCCGUGCACAGGUACUACCGGCCUGACCUCAGCAUACCUGAAAUACCUCCCAAGCCUGGAGAACUGAAAACAGAACUGUUGGGUCUAAAAGAAAGAUCAAGCGAAGUUCAGACUUCACAACAGUGACCAGAGUUUAUUUUCAUUGUGAAGACUAGGACUGAUAAAAUAUUUAUUCAACUGUUUAAGUUGCAGAAAUAUGUAUUUGAAAUACUGUGUUCCUUCAAUGCUUUUUGGCUUUUCUUUAAGGAGAGUUGCAGACARCAUUAAAAAUAAACACACAGUGAAUGCUGUCAGUGAAAGUCCAAUCAGUUGUUUGCCAAAAUGCUGUGAGUUCUUAAAUCUCAAUCAGAAUAAGGGGUCAAACCAUGACAAAGAUGUAUCACUGACAGAUCUACUUUGGUCCUCUGUGAGACUGGAAUCUUGCAGCUUGGUCUUCUUAGUUAAAAUGGGGCAAAUAUGUACAAAUUAUACUGAAAUUAUAUUUGUUUGUGCUCCARUUGGGAAUCYUCAUCUGUCUGUGGCUGCUUUUGAKAGCUGUAAAUGUGCAGAACUGUGAAAUAACAGGUGUAGGUUUACCUUUCARUCCAGAAAUAGAAUCACCACAAAACUCUCACCCCAGGAACUUGAAGAUGCAGMGUCAACAUCUUGCAAAGAUGCCUCAACAAGCCAGUUUUGAGUGGUACACAGUAGAGCUUGUGAAGGUUGGGGAUCGCUUUCUCUUUACAAGGAUGCCAGAACAAAGCACAGGCUUCACCCUCACUUAAYUUGUUAAAAACACAGUCUGACAGAUUACUCAUUAAAGAAACAAAA